AUGUCCUCGAUCCACACCAUCCAACUCAAAACUGCUCUGAAGGACGCCAGAGAAGCCUUACCCGCCGUAAUCCUAGGAAGCUACCUCUUCGGUGUUUUCACGCUCCUUGUGGCCUUCUCAAUUCAUAUCCUGCGGCGAAAAGGAAUACGCACCCGCGCUUACGCCGCCAUGCUUAUACUCAUCGUACUCAUGUACUUACUAGCGGCGACUUCCUGGGCAAUUCUUGCCUCUGUGCUGCUGCGAGUUGUUGAGGAUCCCCAAGAGUACGCACACCAAGAAGCAAGUGCUCUCAUCAUCAAGGAUAAGACACUCCAAUGGUGCCUGGGUCUGAACAUCUUCAUGAGUGAUAUCAUUCUUGCCUGGAGGACGUGGUCGCUAUGGUCGGAUAGCCGUAAAAGAACAUGGAUAGGCGGAAUCGCAAUAAUUCUGCUGUUCGCAACAGCUGUCGCGGGCACGGCAGAUCUGGGCAUCUACAGCCUUCAUACCGUCAUCCCAGACCAGCAGAACGAUGGCGCGCUAGGUUAUGACAACGUACCAUCCGUCCUCUAUGCAAACUUCAGUGGCGAUAUAAGCGUCGUGUUCAGCGCGAUCUUGAACGUUCUGUGUGUCCUUUUCACCGCGACGAAGAUACAGCAACUCAAGAUACUGCAGAGGUCCAUUGAUCGCCGUCUCUCUAACAACCGCAUUGGCAGGAUCCUCUUCUUGUUGGUAUCAUGCGAGCUAGUAUACUGCAUCUUCUGGAUAUACUGGGUCGCCAUCAGCUUUCGAGACAUAGGCAGCGACAUUCCCGACCUGAACGUGACGCUCCUCAUGUGCAACAACACUGUCGCCGUACAGAUCAACGGAAUCAUGCCAACCUUCGUCAUUGUAUGCGUAUCACUGCAGCAAGUCAACGCCCACGACGAAAUGCCCUCAUCUCCCUCGCCCGCAUUCCGUUGCUACCUCCACAAUGGCUGGCAUGGAUCGUUGUGA